AUGGCUCGAGACUAUUAUCGAACUAAUCCAAGAAGGAUCAGACUUGUCGAUGAAUUCGAUCGAACAUAUCGCCCCAAAGAGGCUCUGCAUUGGUCUAUCCAAGAUUCAUUUCCUUCAUAUCUUCUACGCCAUGCAUUCAUAUCUUGUCAAUCGGAACAGCUCAAUUUAUGUCGAUUUCUAAUUGCCGAUACAUCUCGAUUGAUACAACAACAAUCGAAGCGUACUGGAAGUCUUCAACUCUAUCGUGGCAUGAAAUUACCAAGUAAACUAGUCGACAGCUUCGAAACACAUACAGGUAAAAUUAUGUGCGCAUGUGGCUUUUUUACUUGUACAAAAUCAAGAACGGCUGCCUUGGAGUUAGCUUCAUCGCCAGGCUAUCGAACUGAUCUUUCAUCGGUUUUGUUUAAAAUUGAUUGUGACGUAUCGGUAAAAUUAGCCGAGAUGUCUACAGAGGAUCGUUCACCAAUUGUUAUCUUCGAUGUUGGUACGACUUUUCGUAUAAUAUGUGUUAAUCGGGCUACAAUCUCUAUAAUUAAAAUGAAAGCAGUGCCCGAUCAAGGAAAAAAAUUAGUACAAGACUAUAAAAAUAAUCAUAAGGGAGAGACUAUUCAAACAAUGCUUGAACAGCUAUUAGCUCCUCAAAAACUGUCAUUGUCUCCUCCUUCAAAACCUAUACAGCCAUCAUCUUCAUCAGUUCAGCCCUUAGACAGUAAACCGAUGAUAUCUGAUGAUGAAUUACAAGCAGAAAAUCAUAUUAAAAAUGGUAAAAUUGAUUUAGCAAUUGCUGCAUAUCAACGUAUCAGUCCUGUGUCAGCUUCUAUAUUCGUCCGGAUUGGCCAUCUUUAUGCUGAUAAGAAAGGAGAUUAUGAUAAUGCGCUUAAUUGCUAUAUACAGGCACUCAAAAUUCAAGAAGAAGUAAGUAAAAGAAAUGAAACUCAAACAAAAUCUAAAGUCAGGAAUGUUAUGAACGAAAGUAGUAUAGUCUUGUCUUAUGCCUACUGACGGGAGGAUUGGUGAUGCCGCUCUGUUGAGUAUGCCUGAAACAUCAGUUUGUUUUAAUAUUUUUAUUUUUAUU